AUGGAUAGGCGCUUAUAUCUUUCGAAAUCUCAUUCUCUAGCUGUCCUUUUCCCUCACAAAAACUCAGAUAAUGCAGGUUCUCCUAAUGAUACAGCUCACCCUCGAAAAUACUCUUUUCAGCAUUACCAAAAGCCGAAAUAUCAUACAAUAGAUAGGCAAGAUUUAACAGAUGAGGAAUCAAAAUUAAUUUUCAAGAUUUUAGACAGUAAUAAGGCAGGGUAUUUAACGCCAGAAGACUUAUUGAGUACUCUAGAAAAAUCUGGAGAGUUUGUGACGAAUGAUGAUGUUAAUCAAUUUUUUGAAAUUGUUGAUGAAGAUCUUGAUUCAGUAAUUACAUAUGAUGAUUUUUAUGCUAUUUAAGAGAGACUGAAAACUUGGCAUUAAUAAGAGAAAUUUUUUUUUCUAUAAAAGUAUUCAGUUUUUAUAAAUAAGGAUAUUCUUUAAUGAAUUCUUAA